CGCCACCUGCCUUCCCAUCUUGGCAGACCCACUGGUGUAUGGACUUGCACAUGAUGGACUGUGAACUGCUAGCCACGUGUAGUGCCCUGGGGUACUUGGAGGGAGACACUUACUACAAAGAGCCAGAUUGCUUAGAGAGCGUGAAGGAUCUGAUCCGCUACCUGAGGCACGAGGAUGAGACCCGAGAUGUGCGGCAGCAGCUGGGGGCGGCGCAGAUCCUGCAGAGCGACCUGCUCCCCAUCCUCACCCAGCACCGCCAGGACAAGCCUCUCUUUGACGCGGUGAUCAGGCUGAUGGUGAACCUGACGCAGCCGGCUCUGCUCUGUUUCGGCAGUGUGCCCAAGGAUCCCAGCUCCCGGCACCACUUCCUGCAAGUGCUCGCUUACCUGCAGGCCUACAAAGAAGCUUUUGCUAGCGAGAAGGCUUUCUGCGUCCUCAGCGAAACUUUGUAUGAACUGCUGCAGCUGGGCUGGGAGGAACGGCAGGAGGAAGACAACCUGCUGAUCGAGCGGAUCCUGCUGCUGGUCAGAAAUAUCCUUCAUGUCCCAGCUGACCUGGAUCAGGAGAAGAGGAUCGAUGACGAUGCCAGCGUCCACGACCGGCUUCUCUGGGCCAUUCACCUCAGUGGCCUGGACGACCUGCUCCUCUUCCUGGCCAGCUCGCCCACCGAGCAGCAGUGGAGCCUCCACGUCCUGGAGGUCAUCUCACUGAUGUUUCGGGACCAGACCCCCGAGCAGCUGGCCUGCGCAGGCCAGGGACGCCUAGCUCAGGAGCGGAGCACUGAUGUGGCCGAGCUCGAGGUGUUACGCCAGCGAGAGAUGGCAGAAAAGAAGACUCGAACCCUUCAGCGGAGCAGCAGGCACUCGCGAUUCAGGGGCUCCUACAUUGUCCAGGGGUUGAAGUCCAUUGGGGAGAGGGACCUCAUCUUUCACAAAGGUCUCCACAAUCUCCAGAACUACACUUCUGACUUGGGAAAGCAGCCCCGACGGGUGCCCAAGCGCCGCCGGGCUGCCCAGGAGGUGUCGGUUCAGCGCCGUUCUGCCCUCAACGUGAGGCUCUUCCUCAGAGACUUCUGCUCCGAGUUCCUGGAGAACUGCUACAACCGGCUCAUGGGCUCCGUGAAGGAUCACCUGCUCCGCGAGAAGGCUCAGCAGCAUGAUGAGACAUACUACAUGUGGGCCUUGGCCUUCUUCAUGGCCUUCAACCGAGCCGCCUCCUUCCAGCCUGGCCUGGUUUCCGAGACCCUCAGUGUUCGCACCUUCCACUUUAUUGAGCAGAACCUCACCAACUACUAUGAGAUGAUGCUGACCGACCGGAAGGAAGCUGCUUCCUGGGCCCGCCGGAUGCACCUUGCUCUAAAGGCCUACCAGGAGCUGCUGGCCACAGUGAAUGAGAUGGACAUGGCCCCUGAGGAGGCUGUGAGGGAGAGCAGCCGCAUCAUCAAGAACAAUAUUUUCUAUGUCAUGGAAUACCGAGAACUCUUCCUGGCACUCUUUCGGAAGUUCGAUGAGCGAUGGCAGCCCCGCUCGUUCCUUCGUGACCUGGUGGAAACCACCCACCUCUUCCUCAAGAUGUUGGAGCGUUUCUGUCGGCACCGAGGGAACCUGGUAGUGCAGAACAAACGGAGGAAGAAAAGGAAGAAGAAGACCGUCCCGCCGCCCGAUGCUCCCGCUCGCGUCCCCUUCAGCCCAGAGGAGCUGGAGGCCGUGUGGUCGCCGCUGGCCGAGCAGCUGCAGUGCUGUGCCCAGGAUCCGGACCUCAGCGUGGACUCCGUGGUUCCCUUUGAUGCAGCCUCAGAGGUGCCGGUGGAAGAGCAGCGGGCUGAAGCCAUGGUGCGGAUCCAAGACUGCCUCCUGGCUGCCCAGGCCGCGCAGGCCCUGACCCUGCUUCGUUCUGCCCGGGAGGUGUGGCCAGAAGGAGAUAUAUUUGGCUCUCAGGACAUCUCCCCCACGGAGGAAAUGCAGCUGCUGAAGGAGAUCCUCUCGGCCCCGCUUCCCCGGCAGCAGAGACCAGAGGAACAAGGGGAAGAGGAAGAAGAGGAGGAAGAGGAGGAAGAGGAAGAGUUGGACAUGGUCCAGGUGUCAGAGAAAGAAUUUAACUUUCUGGACUACCUGAAACGCUUUGCCUGUUCGACUGUCGUCCGAGCAUACGUGUCGCUGCUACGGAGCUACCGCCAGAACAGCGCCCACACGAACCACUGUAUCAUCAAGAUGCUGCACCGACUGGCCCAUGACCUCAAAAUGGAAGCCCUGCUCUUCCAGAUCUCCCUCUUCUGCCUCUUUAACCGUCUGCUCAGUGACCCUGCCUCCGGGGCUUACAAGGAGCUGGUGACUUUUGCCAAGUUCAUCCUGGGCAAGUUCUUUGCCUUGGCUGCGGUGAACCAGAAAGCCUUCGUGGAGCUGCUGUUCUGGAAGAACACAGCCGUGGUUCGCGAGAUGACCGAGGGCUACGGUUCCCUGGAUGGCAGCUCGUCUGGUCGCAGAGCUCCGGUGUGGAGCCCCGAGGAGGACGCCCAGCUUCAAGAACUCUACCUUGCGCAUAAGGAUGUGGAAGGGCAGGACGUGGUGGCCAUCAUCCUGACACACCUGCGCAGCACUCCCCGCACACGCAAGCAGGUGAUCAACCGCCUGGUGCAGCUGGGGCUGGCUGACAGCGUCAAGGACUUUCAGAGGAAAGGGACCCACAUUUUCCUGUGGACAGAAGACCAGGAGCUGGAGCUUCAGCGGCUCUUUGAGGAGUUCCGGGACUCAGACGAUGUCCUGGGCCACAUCAUGAAGAACAUCACAGCCAAACGCUCCCGAGCCCGAGUAGUGGAUAAGCUGCUGGCCCUGGGCCUGGUAGCAGAGCGGCGAGAGCUGUAUAAGAAACGCCGGAGGAAGCAGUCGGCACCACCCCACUUGCCCGAAGGUGACGAAUCUCUCCAGGAUUUUUGCCAAGAUCAGGAAGAAGAAGAAGAAAACCUGCCAGCAGAAGAGGAUGAAGAAGAUGAAGAGGAUGGAGAGGAUGGGGAGGGCUUGGAAGGAGAGCAAGCCCAGGGGAGCUCCGUGCUUUCAGCAGAAAGCCUUGGGCAAAGCCUGCACGUGGAAGGCUACUCUGCUCCUCUCCAGUGGCUCCAGAACUGCCUGUUUCGAGCGGCAGAGGAUCGGGAAGAAGACGGCUGCUCCCAGGCAGUGCCCUUGGUACCCCUGUCCGAAGAGAAUGAGGAAGCGAUGGAAAACAAGCAGUUCCAGCAACUGUUGCGCAAGCUAGGGAUCCGGUCCCCGGCCUCUGGGCAGGAAACCUUUUGGCGAAUUCCAGCCAAGCUGAAUCCCACCCAACUCCGGAGGAUGGCAGCUUCGUUGAGUCAAGCAGAGGAAAAGCUUCAGCCGGGGCUUGAUCCUGAAGUCCCCGGAGAGCAAGACCCUGACGAAGGACAGGAGGAACAGCGGCAGGAGGAGCAGCGGGCACAAGCCCUGAGUGCCCUCCUAGAGGCUCGGAAGAAAAAAGCAAGCCUGGGCUGGAGCAAUGGGGAGGGGACCACAGAGGGGAACGAGCAACUAAAAGUGGCCGCCAAGAAGCGACAACUGCUGGACAGCGAUGAGGAGGAGCCUGAGGCCGAGGCGAACAGGAGCACCGCAUCAGAGUCGGGAGCUUCAGGAAUCCCAAAGAGGAAACGGUACCAAAUUGUGGACGAAGAGGAGAGCGACUGAGGCGCCGGCCACCAAGGACCAGGGAGAGCCUCGGGUCCAUACGGGAGAGUUUAACUUACGUAUUUUUGGUUCUUGGACCAUACCAGGCAAUGCUGAGGGGUUACUCCUGCCUCUGCACUCAGGAGGCCAUAUGGAUGCUGGGGAUCGAACCGGGGCUGGCUGCAUGCAAGGCAGGUGUCCUACCCACUGUACUAUUGCUCCACCCCCCAGAUGGGGAAAUUAGAUCAGAAGGGGAAGAUCAGAUGGGACCCGUCACUCCUCUUCCUGGGCAGAAGCAAUAGAGUGCCAGGAUUUAGGGUCUGAGAGGUUUCAGCCCCAGUGGAACUCCUGAGUGUCCACCGGUUUGAUCCCUGUGCCACGGUAGCUUUCCAGAGACUUCCUCUUCUUCCAGGAAGCAUUAUUUUUGUGUUGUGUGUGAUUCACAAAGGAGAGAAA